AUGAGGUAUUUGCUUUCACCGGAGUUUGCUCAGUUGGCAAGGCAGCGCACUGGAAAAGAUGACCCGACGUUCAUUGACAUGAAGACAUCGUUUUGGCUGGCUGAGGAUCCGAUAGGUCAGAAUGUGCUGUGCCCACGUGGCCGCAGACCCGGUUGCGCGCUAGUCGACUGGCUGCCGCGCAAGCAUCGCCGCGAGCAGACACACUUCAUGUCAUGGUCAUGGCGAUGCAGCAUUGGGCAGAUGAGCAGUGCCCUUCAUAUGUACCAAAACACCACCGUUCCAUUUAUUGUGCCAGAGCGCAUAUCUUUCUUCAUGUGCUUCUUCGUAAACAACCAGUUUCCAUUGAUUGUCGAAGCAUGCAGUGCUGGAAGCGACAAUUUGGAGGAUGUCUUUGAGAAAAAUCUCUUACGUAUAGGUCGCCUGGUAGCGGUUUUGGACACGUGGGAUGAGUACGAGCAGUUUGUCGCUUCCAAGCUAAAUGUUCCAGUGGUCUUCGUGAUGCCAGAACUCGCCACGAAUCUGUUACAUGAGCAGAUCGACCGUGGAAGGCAAGGUAUUCGCACCUUGACGCUGUCUGUAAGCAGGGUCGACUCAGAGAGUGCAGUGGCCUUCUACAAGGAGGAUGAAACCAAAGUGAAGCGAGUGAUUCGAGAAAUAGUUUCAGUCUGA